GCGUGUGAUUUCGCUGUGUAAACAACACCCGCGGAUCCAGAAUACCGCCUAUAGAUCCAUAUAGUAUAGCGGGCAAUCGAAAAAAAUCACACGGAGCGCCUGAAAAACCCGUGAGUCAUCGCGACGUGGCCGCAGCAGAUAAUUUCCCGUCCGCCGCGACAUCGGGGAAGUACCUAAAACGAAUGGUCAGCCGAGGCAAUCGGAUCGGCGCAGCUCGUUUCGAUCAUUAGUGUUUCGCUCGGCGAAGGCAGCGGUUCAGUUUUGCUAAGACGCAAUUAACCGGAAAUAUUGAACACAAAAGAUUGAGUUAAACGGAAUACACGAACAUGAAUCAGUACUACGACCUGGACAAGGGCAGGAAUGUGCUGUUCAUGAACGAUGCCUCCAGCACGAGUGGCUACAGCAGCGGCAACUCCCCCAACUCCACCACCCAGUCCCUGUCGCCCGCCCACUCCCCCGAAACGGUGGCCAUGCAAACGGAUUUCGCCAACCUCAACUUGCCAGCGGGCGGCAACUCACCACAGCAACCGCCGCUGGCGAACUCACCAUACCAGCAUCAGCUGUUGACCAACGUAGGCGGCCUCUGCCAAUUGGAUGCCGCAAAUUUGAUAAAUUCCGCUGGCGUGGGCCUUACAAAUGCCACCAGUUUCGGGAACAUGUACAUGGAUCAUCAGUACUACGUGGCCCCGCCGGCUGCAGUGCCUCCGGCGCAGCAGUUUGGCUACCACCAGAACGGCCUGCCAUCUGCCGGCGACAGCAAACACGUGCCGCAGCUGAGAAUUGUGGAGCAGCCGGUGGAGAAGUUCCGGUUUCGCUACAAGAGCGAGAUGCACGGCACCCAUGGCUCCCUGAACGGCGCCAACUCGAAGCGGACGCCGAAAACCUUCCCCGAGGUCUGCCUCUACAACUACGACGGACCGGCCGUCAUCCGGUGCAGCCUGUUCCAGACCAACCUGGACAGCCCCCACUCCCACCAGCUGGUCGUGCGCAAGGACGAGCGGGAUGUGUGCGAUCCGCACGACCUGCACGUGUCCAAGGAUCGCGGCUAUGUGGCCCAGUUCAUCAACAUGGGCAUCAUACACACCGCCAAGAAGUACAUCUUCGAGGAGCUCUGCAAGAAGAAGCAGGAUCGCAUGGUCUUCCAGAUGAACCGCCGCGAGCUGUCCACCAAGCAGCUCCAGGAGCUGCACCAGGAGACGGAGCGCGAGGCCAAGGACAUGAACUUGAACCAGGUGCGUCUCUGCUUCGAGGCCUUUAAGAUCGAGGACAACGGCACUUGGGUUCCUUUGGCCCCGCCGGUCUACAGCAAUGCGAUCAACAAUCGUAAGUCCGCCCAAACCGGAGAGCUGCGCAUCGUCCGGCUGAGCAAGCCCACCGGCGGAGUGAUGGGCAACGAUGAGCUCAUCCUGCUGGUGGAGAAGGUCAGCAAGAAGAACAUCAAGGUGCGCUUCUUCGAGGAGGACGAGGAUGGGGAGACCGUGUGGGAGGCGUACGCCAAGUUCCGGGAAUCGGAUGUCCACCAUCAGUAUGCUAUUGUGUGCCAGACGCCCGCGUACAAGGACAAGGACGUGGAUCGCGAGGUGAACGUGUCCAUUGAGCUGAUACGUCCCUCCGACGACGAGCGCUCCUUCCCGCCGCUGCCCUUCCGCUACAAGCCGCGCGACGCGAUUGUGUCCAGGAAGCGCCGUCGCACCUGCUCCUCGGCCAACAGCAGCAGUUCGGGCAACGUGAGCUCAAAUAACUCCCUGGAUCUGCCCAAAACGCUGGGCAUGGCGCAGGCACCGAACGGCCUGCCCAAUCUAUCGCAACACGAUCAGACAAUCAGUCAGGAGUUUGGACGCCAAAUGCAUCUGGACGAUCUGAUCAAUUCCGAGAAUUUCCGCAAGCUUAUCGAGCACAACUCCACCGAUCUGGAGAAGAUCUGCCAGCUGGACAUGGGCGAGUUGCAGAACGAUGGCCACGGGCGCUCCGAAGUGGCCUCUAGCCGAAAUCUCACCUCGAAGUACUUGAGUGCUAUAUUCAAGAUCUUCGAGCAGGAUCGUCGAUCGCCGGCGGAGAAUUCGCAUCGUCGCGUGGAGGAGUUGUUCACGGAUCACGCGGUGAAGAACGAAAACAACGAUACGCUGCUGCACGAGGUGAUUAGCUACAAGAAGGACAACCUCAAGUUGGCCAUCAAGACGAUACAGGUGAUGAACUACUUCAAGCUCAGGGAUCUGGCCAACAGUGCCUUGAAUGCGGACGGCGACAGUGCGCUGCAUGUGGCCUGCCAGCAGGAUCGUGCGCACUACAUACGCCCGCUUCUGGGCAUGGGCUGCAGUCCGAAUCAGCAGAAUCAUGCCGGGAAUACCGCAUUGCAUUUGGCCGUCAAGGAGGAGCACCUGAACUGCGUGGAGAGCUUCCUCAACGGAAUGCCCGCCGUACAGUUGGAUCUCUCGCUGAAGAACGACGAUGGUUUUACACCGCUGCACAUGGCCAUUCGGCAGAACAAGUACGAUGUGGCCAAGAAGCUGAUCAGCCACGACAGGAGUUCGGUGAGCGUGGCCAACACAAUGGACGGCAACAAUGCCCUGCACAUGGCCGUGCUGGAGCAGAGUGUGGAGCUGCUGGUGCUGAUCCUGGAUGCCCAGAACCAGAACCUCACCGACAUCCUGCAGGCGCGCAAUGCAGCCGGCUAUACGCCUCUGGAAUUGGCCCGACACAAGGCCAACGAGCGGGUGGUGCAGCUGCUGGAGAAGGUGUAUCCGGAGAAGGGGGAACUGGCCAUGACCUGGAUUCCGCGCAAAGUCAAGGAGGAGAUUGAUUCAUCCUCCGACGAGAGCAGCGAUGCCGGACUGCUGGAGAUCAAGUCCGAGGAGAUGGAAAUCAAGACGGAGGAUGAGGACUCCGUUGAGUUGGAUUUGAGCAAUGGUCGGCGAAGACGGGAAGAAGAAUCCAGUGGAGACACCGAAAUGGCGGUUGAGCCGCCGAACAAACUGCAGUUGCUGCUGAAAGAUAAAUCCCUAUAUGACCAGCUUUGUUUGCUUCUCAACAAACCACUGGGAAAUGGUCCGGAUGGCCAACCAAAGUGGAAGCAUCUGGCCGGAAAAUCCAAUCUAGAGCAGUUCGCCUUUAUGUGGCUGGGUGCCGACGACCUGUUGGAUCACAUCAAGGAUAAUGGCGCCAGUGUGGAUUGUACUAUAUUCACGCGCGCCCUGCAGACAAUCGAUCCCCAGGCGUUCGCCCUGCUGGAACAAGAAUUACGUUAGGCUUUAGGUUAAUUCUCCCCUUGUACACCCCAUCCCCUCUCAGAAAAGAUGAAACUUGAUUUUGUAUUGAACAUGUUGAUCAAUAAAGUACCUUAGUUUUAUAACUACUUAU